AUGGACCGCGCGUCGCUUGAGGACGAUGCGAUGCCGGUAGACGCCUCUGAGGUGGAAGAAAUGAGCGACGACUUUGAGCAGGACGAAGUUGAUUACGAUGCAGGGGAGCCAGAGUCGGACCAGUCGUUCGAGUCGGAAGACGAGGAAGAUGAAGAGGAUGAGCUCGUCGACGAGAUGGAGGAUUCGACGCCAUCGCUCGAAACGAACCGCCGCUCACGACGAGCGCCGCUACGUGUAAAGCUCAUGCGACGCAAUGUUGAAAACACACCGACGUCAUCACCAUCGCGCCGCUCGUCUUCUCGUGUGACGAAGCGAACGACGCGCGCACGUAUGAUGGACGAUGGCGAGGAGGACGAAGACGAGGAAGAGGACGAUGAGCUGGCAGAUGACGACUCGGAUGCGGACUCUGUCUCGACGAGUGAUAUGCCUAUGACGGCGAGGCAGAUUGCCCGUGCCAACCGUGCUCGUGGGAUUGCGACCGAAGAACUGGUCGAGUUGCCGAUGGGCCCACGCAAGCAGAAACUCUCUGAGACGGAGCUGGCCUUGCGUCGCUCCGAGACAGCGCGACGACGACGGAAUCAGAGCGAAAAGAAGCUGGAAGAUGAUAAGAUCGAGACCAUCAACCGAUUGCUCAAGAAGCAGGCUGGCAAAGUGCGUGGGCGCGACAAGAGCGAGCAAGAUGCUCAGGAUGAGCCAGUGAAAAAAGAGCGCGACUUGCGGGCAAACCACCCGCAGCCAUUCUUCCGAUACAUUAAUCGUGCACAGGGCUCUAUACUGGCUGUGCCACUAGCCCCUCCGUAUGUACAGGACCAGGAGGGCGGGGAAGGGUUGUAUGACUAUACAUUACGUACGGCGUUUGGCAAGACGCCUGAGGCGUGGGCCACCUCGUGA